AUGGGUAUCCGAUACCUCCUGGUUCUGGUUCUUGUCCUCCUGGUAUUGGGAUGUGAGGUCCAGGGGGCCCACAUGCCCCAGCAAGAUGAAGCCACCAGCCCCUCCCUGUUCACCCAGAUGCAGGAAUCAUUCUAUGGCUACUGGGGGAUAGCCAAGUCAGCCGCCCAGGGACUGUACGAGAAGACAUACCUGACCACCGUGGAUGAGAAAAUCAGGGAAAUAUACAACAAAAGCACAGCAGCUGUGAGCACUUACGCAGGGAUUUUCACUGACCAGUUACUUUCUAUGCUGAAGGGAGACCAGUAACAGCUGGGCUCCGACCAGGGGGGAUGGGAGAGUCCAGACCCCACGACCCCUUGGCUCCUCUGACCUACCCCCUACUUUUCAGCAGCUACCAGCAUCCUGCUCCCAAUGCUAGUCUGUUCUUCUUAUAAAUAAAUUAAUUUAAA